UAUAUAUAUAUAUACGCUCAAAGGGCCUGAACAAAAUAUCCAUCUAAUCAUGAAGCUUCUAAGCCUCGCAUGCUGCAUAGCCUUUUCCCUAGUUUUGUGUGUCACAGCUGUCAGAGCAGCCCCUGCCGGCUCUCUGAUCACAAACCUACCGGGAUUCGAGGGCAGACUCCCCUCUCAGCAUCACGCAGGGUAUGUCUCUAUCAAUGGGAAGCCGACAGGGAAGAAGAACCUGUUCUACUACUUUGUUGCUUCGCAGAGAAACCCGUCCAAGGACCCAGUAGUUCUGUGGCUUAAUGGGGGCCCCGGAUGUUCUAGCUUCGAUGGAUUUGUCUACGAACAUGGGCCAUUUAAUUUUCAAGCACGACAAUCAAAAGAGAGCUUACCUAAGUUGCAGCUCAAUCCUUACAGCUGGUCCAAGGUUUCAAACAUGUUAUAUUUGGAUUCGCCUUGUGGAGUUGGUUUAUCUUACUCCGACAAUCCAAAGAAUUAUGCGACCGGAGACUUCCAAACUGCUGCCGACACGCAUACUUUUCUGUUGGAGUGGUUUGAGUUGUACCCCGAGUUCCUAUCCAACCCCUUCUACAUUUCUGGAGAGUCUUAUGCUGGAGUUUACGUGCCGACUCUUGCUUCUACUGUAGCUAAAGGUAUAAAAGAUGGUCAAGAGCCAGUUAUUAAUUUCAAGGGUUACUUAGUGGGAAAUGGGGUGGCAGAUGAUUUUUAUGAUGGCAACGCUCUCGUCCCGUUUGCUUUUGGUAUGGGACUGAUCUCAAGCAACAUCUUCGAGGAUUGUCAGAAGACAUGUAAAGGAAACUACGGUAACCCCACAAGCAAAAGCUGCUCUGAGAACCUCAAUAAAGUUUACGAGGCUCUGUCUGGUCUCAACCCAUAUGAUAUUCUCGAGCCUUGCUAUCAAUACACCAGCGCAGUAAAAGAAAACAAAAGUGAGAGCAUGUCUUCAAGCUUCAUGACUCAAAAGCGUUUCACAAGAAUCUCUGGCCGCAGAUGGUUUGUUCGUGCAUUAGGACGGGAUGGUAGAGUUCCUUUAACUUCUCAAGCAGAGGCUACAGUUCAUGUUCCCUGCAUAAAUGAUGACGUGGCAACUGCAUGGCUGAAUGAUGAAUCUGUUAGAAAGGCAAUUCAUGCAGCACCGACAAGUGUGGCAGGUCCAUGGAUGAUAUGUUCGGACAGAGUCGAUUAUUCAGGUGAUGUUGAUAGUUUGAUACCAUAUCACAAGAAUCUAACUUCCCAGGGAUACCGCGCUCUAAUAUACAGCGGAGAUCAUGAUCGGGUUAUCCCAUUCACGGGAACUCAAGCAUGGACUAGAUCGCUGGGAUACAAGAUCGUCGAGCAAUGGAGGUCUUGGUUAUCGAACAAGCAAGUUGCCGGGUACUUGCAAGCAUAUGACAAGAACCUCACUUUCUUAACCAUCAAGGGGGCAGGACAUAUGGUCCCCCAGUACAAACCGAUGGAGGCGCUGGACUUCUAUAGUCGUUGGUUAGAUGGAAAGCCGAUCUAACUGAAACUGCAUUGAGUUGUGGCUGUUAGAAUGGAAUCGAUUCAUUGAAUAAGAUAAAGCUAAUCUACUUCUAUGCA